AUAAACCCCCGGCCUCGAUCACGCAAGCAAACAAACAUGGAGAUGGAGCCACCCAAGCAGCUCACCGUGGCUUUGUUCCUCGCCUUGGCCCUCCUCGCGGCCGCGCUGCAGCCAUCGGAAGCCAUCAGGGCCCAAGGAGUCCUCAACCCCGCAGCAGAUGAUCAACAAGCCUCCAGCACCAACGCCGACGUCGCACAUCCAUUGACAUGGCCCGGCUUCCCCAACAUCCCGGGCUUCCCGCCGCUGCCGCCAUUGCCGCCACACCCCGGCUGUCCACCCCUGCCUCCGAUCCCGGGCCUCCCAGUGCCUCCGAUCCCCGGCCUCCCAAUCCCAGCCGUCAAUCCGCCGCCUCAAUCCCCUCCUCCCCCAACUCCAGUUGCAAUCCCACCGCCAUCGACCCCAUUGACGCCUCCCCCUGUGUCAAUCCCACCACCACCGACGACGCCAUUGACGCCUCCCCCAGCUGUGUCAACCCCGCCUCCGUCAUCGCCGUCGCCAUCGCAACCGAAGGAGUGCCUGCCGUCGUUGAUGGGGCUGAAUCCGUGCAUGGGCUACCUCACCAACACCAGCGUGUCGUCGCCUCCGACGGCGUGCUGCGACGGCUUCAAGUCGCUCGUCGACACCGCCCCCAUCUGCCUCUGCCACGGCCUCAACGGCGACAUCAACACGCUCAUGCCCGCGCCCAUGGACUCCAUGCGCAUGAUGUCCCUCCCGGGCGACUGCAACGUCCCGCUCCCGCUGCAGGCGCUUGCCCAGUGCUCAUCGCCAAAUGUACCGCCGUUGAGGGCUCCUGCUCCUGCGGCACCUCCAUCUCCAAAGUCGUCACCGUAAAAGGCAACAAGAUGCACAGAUCGGUUAUAUCCAGGCAAGAUUCGUAAUUAGCACUAGAUUCGAAUGUAUACUAGAUCAGAUAUGAUUCAGUCGUUAGAGCACAUAUGCCUUGGAUUCGAAUGUCUUCUGUACAUUGAUACAGAUAAGUAACGAAAUUUGUGAAGUC